UAGUUUGAGUUCAUUCCAACCCCGACUUCGGAGUAGCACACACGGACGAGCACCACACACGCACGCGACUUUUUUCUCUAUUUUCUUCCUGCACACCCGGCUCCCGGUUUAUUUAGUACCCGGUUUUCACAAUCAGUUUUCAAAUUUUUGUUGCCAUUUUUUUACGGGGAAAAGAGAAGAGUUAAUUAAUUAUUUUGGACUUUUCUGCCUACGUGGGAGGAGAAGAAGGAAGGAGUGGUAAAAAUGCAGAAGUUACCAAUUGUUCUGCUUGGUGUGGGUCUUUUGCUGGCCGUGGGAGCCGGCCUGGUGGGUUUUUUCAUCUUCCCUGCCAUCAUUGAGAGCAAGGUGUCACAGCAAGUGCGGCUCGUCAAGGAUGGUGACACUUACAAGAAGUGGGAAAACAUUCCAAUCCCGAUAUUCAUGGAAAUUCACAUUUUUAACGUGACCAAUCCCGAAGAAAUUGUAAAGGGUGGAAAACCCGUGGUUCACGACAUUGGACCAUACGUGUAUCAACAGCAACGAAGGAAAAUUAAUGUGACAUUAUUCGACAAUGACACGAUUGAAUAUCAACAAGUUAUAGAGUACUUUUUCCGUCCUGACAAAUCUUCGGGUACUGAGGAUGACGAGAUUUCAGUGAUUAAUCUUCCAUUCGUGGGCUUCGCCGCAAAGGCAAUGAAAAAGGGGACCGUAGCCCGCAGCUUGGCUUUCGAAACCAUGAGAGAAGAUCAUGAAGAUGAACCUGUAUUUUUAAGGCUGACUGUUCGAGAAUUUCUCUUUGAGGGGUAUUGUGUCCCCUUUAUGAAGACUAUGUCUGAUCUAUCGGGUGAACAGUUACUCGUAAAUAAUACUUUUGGACUGUAUUUCAAUAAAAAUGGAACUACCAAUGACUGGCUCUCGGUCUACGCAGGGGUUGAGGACAAUACCAAAUUCGGAAACAUUGCGACUUUCAAUCGCGAACCGACUCUUGAAUUUUGGAAUGAAGAUCCUUAUUGUAACAUGAUCAAUGGGUCGGAUGGUGCCUUGUUUCCACCAUUUGUAACAAGAGAUAGAAGAUUGGAUAUAUUCAGUCCAGAGCUUUGUCGAUCUCUGUACUUGGAGUACGAUAGUGACACUACGAUUCAAGGGUUGACUGGGUACCGGUUCACUCUUCCCAAAAAAGUACUUGAGGAUCCCAGAGUUAAUGACGCCAACAAAUGCUUCUGCACCGACCCUGGUGUUGAGAUGGCCAAGUGUCCCAAACAAGGGGCUUAUCAGCUUGAGAGCUGCAGAAAAGGUGCCCCCAUAAUUGUAUCCCUUCCACAUUUCUUGGACGGAGAUCAGGAAUAUUUAGAAAAUGUUCUCGGCUUACAACCAGACAGGUCAAUCCAUGAAACAGUCAUCACACUUGAACCAACCACAGGAGUCUUGUUAGAAGCCAAAAAACGAAUCCAGAUCAAUCUUGACGUAGCACCAAACAAAUAUCUUCCAAAAUUAAAGAAACUUCCAAACGUAGUUCUUCCAAUAGUUUGGGUUGAUGAGUCUGCCGCAUUGACGGAACAAAGCGCCGAAAGAAUCAAAGGAAAGUUGAUCAAACCACAGGAAAUUGUGGGCGCUGGAAGUUGGGGAAUACUUGGUUUUGGUGCUUUCCUGAUCCUGUUAGCCGUUCUCAUCUUUAUCAUCCGAUCUCGAAAGCAGAACUACAAGCCAGGAGCGACUUACUAAACUGCAAGUGAAUAUGUAGCAGUUGGAAAGUUCACCAAUUACUUUAGAUCUAAAUUAUAUUGACAGCUUCAUUCAAAUCGUUAGAAUCCGGUAUCUGUUAAAUAUUAUAUUGUUUUGUUUUUGUUUUUUUUUCAUUCGUGCCUCAAAAGAUUUUAAGUCUCAUGAGAAAAUGUAGUCUAACUUACGAGCUUCAUUAUUAUACAAAGUUGCGGUUUUUCUCACUCUUAUGUUUCGAGUAUGGAAAUACAUACGUGGUAAAAAUGGUGUGAUGUAUAGUCAUGAAUAAUGCAAAAUGCUUGCGAUAUUCAGUCGAUAUUAUUUAAUCAAGUCCAUGUCAGUGUUUGCAAUACUACUAUUAGUUUUGCAGGUACAAGUUUUUGCGAUCACUGUGAUCUAAUUAAUUAGGUGACGAGUAUAAUUAGUUAACCUGCUUUAUCAUCACGCAUGUCCAGUUAGACUAGAAAUAGCGGUAGAAACAUCAUUGUCAUUAACCACAAUUGAAUGUUGUUAUAAAUGUGGAUUUAUUUUCUGGUACCACACUUUUAGUUUUACUUCCUAAAUCUCGAUAUAUAUUAUUUCUCUGUUAUUUUGAAAUUCUUUGGACCAGCCUCGAUUAUUACAAUGUACCACGAAAAAAUUGUAAAACAAGAGCUAAGCGUUACGCCGAAAUGAUCCUCUUCGUAAAUAAAUAUCUUAAAUGAGAACUUAUCGAUUACGUAUCACAAAAUGAGGAACUCACAAAGAAAGUGAAUAAAUUAUAUAUAUUUGUACUGUCAAAAACCUUGUCGUUUGUGUCGUAGUAAUAAAUCUUUCGAAAAAGUAAACUCUUCACGAGUUCGACCAGCCAACAUACGUUUGAAAUGCUACUAUAAAAGUGCCAUGUAAUAAUAAUAAUUUUAUUAAUGCGCUUUUGUGUCUAAAAAUAUGAAAUGAACUUAUUUGUAUGCUCAGCAUGGAAAUCGUGAAUAAAUAUUCAUAUAAAUUCA